AUGGAGCACAAGAGAUUCAAGCCAAAACCAGGGUUAACUGACCAACAGUCCCAGAUGGAGCACAAGAGAUUCAAGCCAAAAACAGGGUUAACUGACCAACAGUCCCAGAUGGAGCACAAGAGUUUCAAGCCAAAACCAGGGUUAACUGACCAACAGCCCCAGAUGGAGCACAAGAGAUUCAAGCCAAAAGCAGGGUUAACUGAUCAACAGUCCCAGAUGGAGCACAAGAGAUUCAAGCCAAAAACAGGGUUAACUGACCAACAGUCCCAGAUGGAGCACAAGAGAUUCAAGCCAAAAGCAGGGUUAACUGAUCAACAGUCCCAGAUGGAGCACAAGAGUUUCAAGCCAAAAGCAGGGUUAACUGACCAACAGUCGCAGAUGGAGCACAAGAGAUUAAAGCCAAAAACAGGGUUAACUGACCAACAGUCCCAGAUAGAGCACAGGAGAUUAAAGCCAAAACCAGGGUUAACUGAUCAACAGUCCCAGAUGGAGCACAAGAGUUUCAAGCCAAAAGCAGGGUUAACUGAUCAACAGUCCCAGAUGGAGCACAUGAGAUUCAAGCCAAAACCAGGGUUAACUGAUCAACAGUCCCAGAUGGAGCACAAGAGAUUCAAGCCAAAACCAGGGUUAACUGAUAAACAGUCUAAGAUGGGGUACAAGAGUUUCAAGCCAAAAACAGGGUUAACUGACCAACAGACCCAGAUGGAGCACAUGAGAUUCAAGCCAAAAACAGGGUUAACUGAUCAACAAUCUAAGAUGGGGUACAAGAGAUUAAAGCCAAAACCAGGGUUAACUGACCAACAGUCCCAAAUGGAGCACAUGAGAUUAAAGCCAAAAGCAGGGUUAACUGAUCAACAGUCCCAGAUGGAGCACAUGAGAUUCAAGCCAAAACCAGGGUUAACUGAUCAACAGUCCCAGAUGGAGCACAUGAGAUUCAAGCCAAAACCAGGGUUAACUGAUCAACAGUCCCAAAUGGAGCACAAGAGAUUCAAGCCAAAACCAGGGUUAACUGAUCAACAGUCCCAGAUGGAGCACAUGAGAUUCAAGCCAAAACCAGGGUUAACUGAUCAACAAUCUAAGAUGGGGUACAAGAGUUUCAAGCCAAAUGCAGGGUUAACUGAUCAACAGUCCCGGAUGGAGCACAAGAGAUUCAAGCCAAAACCAGGGUUAACUGAUCAACAGUCCUAG